UCGACACUUACUUCGAGAGUUAUGAUUUGUGAAAGGAUAUUCAUUUAAACAGAUGAGAUGAAAGAGCGUAUGUCGGUAUGGUAGACUUUGAUGUAGCGAAUCUCGAUCUGCUCCAUCCCACUUGGAGUUCGAUCUCAGAGGUUCAAAGGAAGAUGUUCGAAGGAAGAUAUUAGCCAGGCUUAUAUAUAUAUAUAGACACAUAUAUAUAUAUAGAAAUAUUUCGAGAGAGAGAUAGAGAGAUGAGCGGAUCUAUGCCUUGGGCACGCUCUCCAAUAUCGUGACAAGCAAUUGCUUUUGUCGGAAAGGAAGUUUCGGAUCUUAGCUUGUUGACAUCUCUAGCAAGUUCUAAAUUGCAAUUCCAAAAGUUGACUUAGAGAAAGAGAUGCUAUUUACAGUUGCACCUAGGUAGAAAACUCCUCCAGAACUUUUCAUAGCCAAGCGUACUUGAACAGGUACCCUUUGGUGGAGAAUUUUUUUUUCACGAUCACAAUGUGGAGUUUUGCUUCAAAUUCCAUUGGUGGAACCACUGGAAUGAAGAAUGACCAUCUAAAGCCAAGUCGAGCUCCUUCAGAGUGCUCUGACGAUGAAAUUUCUGUGAACAACAGUGGAGUGGAAGGGCUGGAAUGUCCAAUAUGCUGGGAAUCAUUCAACAUUGUAGAAAAUGUGCCCUACGUUUUAUGGUGUGGCCAUACCCUAUGUAAGAAUUGUGUUUUGGGACUGCAAUGGGCUGUCAUAAAGUUGCCAACCCUACCAAUUCAGCUUCCCUUUUUCAUUUCUUGUCCAUGGUGCAACCUCUUAUCCUUCCGAUUGGUCUACAAGGGGAAUCUCAAGUUCCCCCGCAGGAACUUCUUCCUCCUCUGGAUGGUUGAAAGCAUGAAUGGUGAUAGGGUAAAAUCUCAUUCGUCCUUCUGUGGGGAUCACCAACCAGUUUUGUCUUCAAACAGAAGCUUAGCCAUGGGAAGUCAAGCUAACCAAGUAAACAACAGCCGUGCCCCAUCUUUUCAUCUCUCGGAACAAAUGAAUUCCAACAAUGAUGACGGUCGCCUUGUUGGUAGCUUCCUCAAUCCAGAAAGACUUCAGUUUUCUCUUCGUAAGUCCUUGGUUUUCUUUGUUCACUUGACAGCUAAGUUUCCCUUGGUCAUCAUAUUUCUUCUUGUAGUUUUGUACGCAAUACCAGCCAGUGCAGCCAUCUUGGCCCUGUACAUUCUCAUCACUAUCUUGUUUGCUGUCCCAUCUUUUCUAGUACUAUAUUUCGCGUACCCCAGUUUGGAUUGGCUGGUUAGGGAAAUCAUCACUUGAAUUGCGAUUUGUUCUGAUUAUGUAUAUCAUAGUAUUCGUAUCAUGACAAAAAUCCUUUUUGGGUCUGUUAAUGUGCAAUUUGUCGACCUUCCCCUUUUUUCGAACUUGAUACUCUUGAUUUGUUCUAUGGAGUCACCAUCCUUUGAUUGAAACAUUCCAUAUUCAGAAUCAAAUCAAAUAUCUUCGCGUAUGGUUGCCUUGAUGUUAGUGAAUGUGUCAAUUAGUUUCAGAAAUGGCUUCUGUAUCUGAAUCCUACAAUUGAUUGUCGAGAUUUGUGUUUUGUAAGAUAUAAUACAUCCUUUCAUGUUUCUUUCUCUUAACAA